AUGGCCGCCUCCACCAUGUCCGUCUGCUCCAGCAACCUCAGCUAUGGCAGCAACAUCUGCAUGCCCGCUUCCCACGACUCCUGGCAGGUGGACGACUGCCCAGAGAGCUGCUGCGAGCCGCCCUGCUGUGCCCCCAGCUGCUGUGCCCCGUCCUCCUCUGUGACCCUCUGCUGCAAGCCCGUGUGCUACAAGCCUGUCUGCUGUGUGCCUGUCUGCUCUGAGGGCUCCUCCUCCUGCUGCCAGCAGUCUAGCUGCCAGCCCUCGUGCUGUGGCUCCUCCCCAUGCCAGGAGUCCAGCUGUGUGACCCUCUGCUGCAAGCCCGUGUGCUGCAAGCCUGUCUGCUGUGUGCCAGUCUGCUCCUCCUCCUGCUGCCAGCAGUCUAGCUGCCAGCCCUCAUGCUGUGGCUGCUCCCCAUGCCAGGAGUCCAGCUGUGUGACCCUCUGCUGCAAGCCCGUGUGCUGCAAGCCUGUCUGCUGUGUGCCAGUCUGCUCCUCCUCCUGCUGCCAGCAGUCUAGCUGCCAGCCCUCAUGCUGUGGCUCCUCCCCAUGCCAGGAGUCCUCCAGUGUGACCCUCUGCUGCAAGCCCGUGUGUUGCAAGCCUGUCUGCUGUGUGCCUGUCUGCUCUGAGGGCUGCUCCUCCUGCUGCCAGCAGUCUAGCUGCCAGCCCUCAUGCUGUGGCUCCUCCCCAUGCCAGGAGUCCAGCUGUGUGACCCUCUGCUGCAGGCCCGUGUGCUGCAAGCCUGUCUGCUGUGUGCCAGUCUGCUCUGAGGGUUCCUCCUCCUGCUGCCAGCAGUCUAGCUGCCAGCCCUCCUGCUGCCCCUCAUCCUGCUGCAGACCCUCCUCCAGCGUGUCCCUGCUCUGCCGCCCUGUGUGCAGACCCGCCUGCUGCGUGCCCGCCUCCUCCUGCUGUGCCCCCACCUCCUGCUGCCAGCCCAGCUGCUGCCGCCCGGCCUCCUCUAGCGUGUCCCUGCUCUGCCGGCCUGCCUGCCCCCGCCCGGCCUGCUGUGGCCUGUCCUCGGGCCAGUCCUGCUGCUGA